AUGAAUAAAUCAUUGUUAUUAUCUGUAUUAAAUAAUAUAGUUUUAAAAAGAUUAAUAUUAAGCUUUAGAUUUAAUAGAUUACCUAGAGAAUAUAAUAGAACAGAAUAUGAACGCAAUAAAAAAAAAUGGGAUACCUAUAGUUGGGAUGAAAUGAUCAACAUCCCAUAUGUUUUAAUAGGGAAUGGCUAUCUUGAUUUGUUCCAAAAACACCACAAGAUAAGGCUAAUACCAAGAGAACAUUUAAAUCGUAUGCUGGUUAAUGCAAUCAGAUCAUCAAUACCAAAUACCAUCGAAAUCUUAAAGUAUAUCAUUGAUGAAAUUGAUACUGAUAGAACUAUUCUAGCUGGGUGCCACUCACGAAGUGGAUAUAAUCUAUUGUGCUAUGCAGCUUGGUUUGGUAAAUUGGAGGUGUUCAAAUACCUAGAGGAAAUCUACAAGCGGCAAGGUAUCGAUAUGCAUUAUCAUCAGGCCAUUAUAAAAUCACCGCUAUCAAACAGCAUUGAGAUGUUGGAGUAUGUAUCGAAACAACUAGGAACCUAUUCUUCUACAACAGAGACAUAUGCCUCUGCUGCCAAAGUUGGUCGAAUCGAUAUGAUUGAAUGGUUGGAUGCCAAUAGAUCAGAAGAUUUUACACUUGGAAACCACAUGUUUGAAUCUGCUGUACGAGAAAAUCAACUACAUGUUCUCGAAUACUUGAAACGAGAGAAUAGAGAUACAAGUGUAUAUGAAAUGACAAAUCUAAUGGAUGUUGCAGCUGAAUUCGGACACAUAGAAGUUUUAAAGUGGUUGGACUUUAAUAAUAUAGGUUCAUGUUCAAAGAGAGCGAUGGAUCUCGCUUGUAAAAAUGGAUUCGACAACAUCGUGAUAUGGUUACAUAAUAAUAGAACAGAAGGAUGUUCAACAGAUGCUUUUGAUCUCGCUUGUAAAAAUGGAUUCAACAACAUCGUGAUAUGGUUACAUAAUAAUAGAACAGAAGGAUGUACUUACCGAUCUAUGGACUACGCAGCAGAAGGAGGAUUUCUUGAAAUCGUUCAAUUUCUAAAUGAAAAUAGAAAUGAAGGUUGUUCCAAAUUUGCCAUGGAUAAUGCAUCGUUGAAUGGUCAUUUCGAAGUCUUAAAUACUUAA